AUGACCCAGAACUCGUCGUUCGACUCGGACAAUAAUAGCAUGCUGUUCGACGACGGCCUGAAAAGCACGUCCGACUCGGUGCACAUUGCCUCGACCUCCCCAGAGGCCGUGGAGAAUGGCAGCGAGAUGGCUCACAGCAUGUACAAUUCUACUUAUACCGACCACGACGCUGCGCACGGGACCGCCUCCAAGCGCCGCGCCGAUUCACUGGACUCGAAUCGCGACGGGAGCAACGGCACGCAGCGCGAGCCAAGCAAGCAGAAGUCGACGCGUGGCGCACGCGCAUGCACCAACUGCCACCGCCUCAAGAUGAAGUGCGAGGGCGCAGAGAACGGCGGCGCGUGCCUGCGAUGCGCACGCAGCGGCCACGAGUGUGUCUUUCUCGAGAGCCACCGCGGCCGCAAGUCGGAGAAGCGCCGGAAGACGGCCGCGAUGCAGCAGGCCUUUAAGAAGAUGGAGAAUGUGCUCUUCAGCGUGCUGCAGAACAUGAACGAACCCCGUGGGGCGAAUGGCAUACCCGGCUCGGAAGGCGUUUCCGAGACCCAAUCGCCCAUGUUGGUUCCGAAUGACGAGCGGGCGACCGCCUCGCUCUCGCCCAUGCCCGAAAUCAAUCCGCAGACGCAGGAGCCGGACCCCGAAUACUUUGCUGCGCGUCUGCAGCGCUUUGUCGCUGCGAACGGGCUCGACCAAAAGUCAACUUCGAUGCGUAACAUUACCGAGACAGCGGUGAGCUUUAUGCAAAAGAUGGGCAUGAUGGACGACAAUCUGCGCGAGCGGCUGCUUGAUCCGAACGACGACCACCACCUCAAGGACCUCCUGCAGACGGUCAUGAUGCAGAAUGCGAACUCACAUCCUUCGUCGUCGCACCAGCACAAGGCGUCGCUCAGCAACGUCCCCGACUCGGCACGCACCAACUGCCUGCCCGACAAUACGCUGAACCCGCUAGGCUUACUGGCCGAAGCGAGUCUGCAGAACUGGCAGCGCCAGCGCACGGCAGAUCCGGCGAGCGGCAACGGCAAGGAGCGCGAGCAGGACACGGUCGCCAAGGACUAUUCGCCUCCGGGCAAUCCCCCGGACUUGAUGAACCGCUACGCGUCGCACGACUCGACCGGGCGGUCAGAGAAGCCGCAGUUUGGCCUUGCCAACGAAACCUACUUCCACUCGAGUUUGGACGCGAAUGCGUCGCUGCAUCCCGUCGCCAAGGAGUCGGAUUGCCCCCCUGAGCUCCUGGCCGAAGGCCUGAUUACAUCGGAAGAGGCGCUCGAGCUGUUUAGCAUCUUUUUCCAUCAUUGCUCGCUGCAUCUCUUUUUGCUCGACCCCGAGUGGCACACGCCGACGCUCGUGUGCUCGCGCUCGCCUUUCCUCUUUACCUGUGUAUGCUCGGUGGCGUCCAAGUUUUACACCAAGCGCCCCGAGCUCUACGUGCUAUGCCUGCGCAAGGCGAUCAAGUCGGCCUUUGACGUGAUGAGCCGCGGCAGCAAGUCGCCCGAAAUCGUCCAGGGCUUCUUGCUGCUUACCCUCUACAACCAGCCCGCAGAGCGCUACGAAGAGGACCGUACGUGGCUCUUUGCCGGCGUCGCGAUCCGCAUGGCGCAGGACCUGAAUCUGCACCGCAAGUGCCCCUCGCCGCCGGGCAGCACUUUGAGCGAGGAGGAGGAGCGCGAGAUCCUGAACCGCGAGCGGACGUGGUACAUUUGCUUCUGUGUGGACCGCACGCUCAGUGCGCAGAUGGGCAAGCCGUACAGCAUUCGCGAAGACUGGAUCAUCCGGCACGCUUCCGAGUGGUGCAAACACAAGUACAGCCGGCCGUGGGAUCUGGGCAUCUGUGCACUGGUCGACCUGUUGCGUGUGCAGACGCGCCAGCUCGACUUUUUGUACUCGUCGACGGUCACGCCGAGUGGUCUGAACCUGGACAUGGACUACCCCGCGAUCCUGCCCUCGUUCAACGAGCAGCUGAACGAGACGAUGCAGUACUGGUACCGUCUUGGCCUCGAUUCGAUGAUGCGCGCGUGGCGCCCGAUUGUGAUGGAGCACGUCAAGCCCUCUCAACAGUCGUCACCCAUGAACGGCAAGGAGGGCGAGGGCGGCCGCCCCGAGUCGGACCGUGCCCCCUCGCCCCUUGCGCGGCGCCAAGGCGAGAAGGAAGGCGGAAACAAAUCCAUGUUUUCGUCGAUGCCGCAGAACCUCAUGAACCUGUCGGGCGGCAUGGAGGACAAGAUCCGCAUUUCGAUGCUGCUUGCGCUGCACGAGGCCGGCCCCCCUGGCGACGACGCGGACAUGACCACACGCUCGAUGUACUACAUCGCCCGCCAGGCGCCACUGCGCUACAACUAUGCGGUACUUGUUUUGAACUCGUUCGGCCUGCAGUAUGCGCUCGAGCGCCCGUCGGACGGUGCGUCGGUCGACAAGCCGCAGUACCUUGUGCGCUGCGUGCAUGCAGCGAAAGAAAUCAUUGCCACGGUCAAGUACGGCAUGCGCGAGAUUCUGCGUUACGCGCCCGACCCCACCUUUGUCGCGGUGGCCUACGCAUGUGUCUUUUUACUGAAGCUCAUCCGCCCCGUCUUUGCGAACUACAUUAACGAGGACGAGGUGAUUGCUCUGGUGAAUUACACCAUCGAGGUGCUCGAGGAGGCAGCGGUUGAUCCGACGCACACGCCCGCGCUCUAUGCCUCAUUCCUACGCAGCCUGGUGCAGUCGCGCCACGAAGGCGGCACUGCGAAGCACGCCACCGAGGAUGGCGCGCGCUCCGACGCGCAGGGCGCGGGCGACGACGAGCCACACAUGGACGGCCAGACGGCGCGUCUCGCGCGCAUCAAGCAGAUGAUGGCGGCACGUGGCGAGAACUCGGCGACGUCGUCGAUGCGCGGCGCGGACAUGACGGUGAACCCCACUCAAGUCAACCCCGUUGCGGCGGGUCUUGCGACGAGCGACCUGCGUCCCAAACCCGGCACGGACCUCGGCGAGCUGCACCACGGCGCGAUGGGCACGAGCCUGGGCAUGCCGAUGGACUCCCACCCCGCGCUGGACAUGCACCACGACAAGGAGUCGGAUAUGCACGGAAUGUCCAACGACAACCUCAAUGCGACACUUGGCUGGGACGCGAUGCAAUUUGCCAAGGCGCAAGGUGUCGACGUGAACCGUGUGCUGGACAACAGCUUCUGGUCGUCGCUCCUCCCCCCCGGUUACGGCAGUGGCGGCAUGAACCCCAUCAGUGGUUCGUCGCUCGACCCCGCGCGCGAGAGCGACCUGUUCAAGAUGCCCCCCUCGCUGAACAUGGGCUUCCGCACGACACUGACGCCCGGCGCAACGCGUGCCUCGUCGCCGACGCUGGGCCUCUCGUCAACGUUCCCCCUAUGA